GUGUGGACGGGCAGGCGUCGGGAAGAUGGGCGCAAAGGGACGGUUCCCUGUUUGUUUCUCCUUAAGGACGAGCUCUGAGAACAGUGCGAGUGCAUCACCUGGGGCAGGUUUGUGAGCUCACCUGGUGCACAGUAGGGCUCGCCCCUUGCCGCUGCAAAACCCGGCGAAUGGUUCACCAGUGCAUGGGCCCAUGAAAAGCACGGUAGUCCAGUGUAGCUACUGCCAGAGGGUGUUACAAAGCACAUUGAGCCAAAAACCGUCCGGUGUUUUCUUCAGCUACAAACAAAAUGAACAUCCCAGUGCUGCUCCAUCCUCACCAGUGCUUCCUGAAAGGCCUUUUGCGAACAGCUUUCCGACGUUACCACUUCAUCUUGCACUCAAGAACUCAUCUCAGAUUAGGAGGCCCAUGUGCUCGGCUAUCUGAUUCUCUUGGACUUCCUUGUACAAAGUGGAUGCUGCUGUCCAAUGGUUUAAAGAGACAGUUAUGUGUACAAACAACUUUAAAGGAACAUACAGAAGGACUUUCUGAUAAAGAACAAAGACUUGUGGAUAAACUUUAUACUGGUCUAAUCCAAGGGCAAAGGGCCUGCUUAGCAGAGGCCAUAACUCUUAUAGAAUCAACUCACCACAGGAAAAAAGAGCUGGCCCAGGUGCUUCUUCAGAAAGUGUUGGUCUACCACAAAGAACAAGAACAAUUAAAUAAAGGAAAACCACGGGCAUUUCGAGUGGGGUUGUCUGGGCCCCCUGGUGCCGGAAAAUCAACAUUUAUAGAAUAUUUUGGAAAGAUGCUUACUGAGAGAGGGCACAAAUUGUCUGUGCUGGCUGUGGACCCUUCUUCUUGUACCAGUGGUGGAUCACUCUUGGGGGAUAAAACCCGAAUGACUGAGUUAUCAAGAGAUAUGAAUGCAUACAUCAGACCAUCUCCUACUAGAGGAACUUUGGGAGGUGUGACAAGGACUACAAAUGAAGCUAUUCUGUUGUGUGAAGGAGGGGGAUAUGACAUCAUUCUUAUUGAAACUGUAGGUGUGGGUCAGUCGGAGUUUGCUGUUGCUGAUAUGGUUGACAUGUUUGUUUUACUGCUGCCACCAGCAGGAGGGGAUGAAUUGCAGGGUAUCAAAAGAGGUAUAAUUGAGAUGGCAGAUCUGGUAGCUAUCACCAAGUCUGACGGAGACUUGGUUGUGCCAGCUCGAAGGAUACAAGCAGAGUAUGUGAGUGCACUGAAAUUACUCCGCAAGCGUUCAGAAGUCUGGAGACCAAAGGUAGUUCGUAUUUCUUCCAGAACUGGAGAGGGGAUCGCUGAGAUGUGGGAUAAAAUGAGAGAAUUCCGGGACCUGAUGCUUGCCAGCGGCGAGCUGACGGCCAGACGACAGAAGCAGCAGAAAAUCUGGAUGUGGAACCUCAUUCAGGAGAGCGUGCUAGAACAUUUCAGGACCCACCCCACCGUGCGGGGCCAGAUUCCUCUCCUGGAAAGGAAGGUGCUCAGCGGGGCCCUCUCCCCAGGGCUAGCGGCAGACUUGUUGCUGAAAGCUUUUAAAGCAGAGACUAAUGAGAUGUAGGCUACACGGUAAUGUUACAUAUUGUUUUGUAAAGUAUUUUAAUAUUAAAAGUGAUUCUUCUGUGGUG